UCUAUUGGCACUCCUGUUCAGUGACUUUCAAUGAUUCAGUGACAUUUGCAUUUACAACAAAGUUUUCCCUUAAAUUUUCCGACUAUUUUUGACAUUGGACAAUUUACAAAACCACAAUCAACGCAAGUACAACCCCGCUCAGUAUGUGAUGUAAACACCCCCGUAAUUUUCAACUGAAAUGGAUUCUAAACCCAGUUUAAACCUAGUCCACGCCGCCGUUUCGGCGCUAUACAACAACCCAAACACAACCGAGAAAGAAAGGGCCUCGCAAUGGUUAGGAGACCUCCAGAAGUCCGUCCACGCGUGGACGGUCGCCGACGAACUCCUCCACCACAAACGAGACCUUGAGUCGUGCUACUUUGGGGCACAGACUAUGCGAACAAAAAUCCAUCAGUCCUUCCAUGAAUUACCCACGGAGGCCCACGAUUCGUUACGGAACUCUCUCUUAGAACACAUAAGUCAAAUUAACCAGGAAACGAACACAGUGAUUGUGACGCAGUUGUGUUUAGCGCUAGCGGACUUGAUUUUGCAGAUGCCGACAUGGCAGCAGGCUUCUUUGGACUUGAUUAAUCGAUUUUCAAGCACGAAUAUGUGGCCGCUGUUGGAGAUUUUAACCGUGCUACCGGAGGAGCUGGAGAGCCGGUCUGUGAGGUUAGGUGAGAACCGGCGCGUCGCCAUGUUGGAAGAUUUGAAAUCCUGCGCAGGGACUGUGGGUGAGCUCCUCACCCACUGCGCCGGCACCUAUGGCACUAAUUGGCAAGAAAACGUGCAGGUUAACGUAAAAAUAUUACGUUGUUUUACGUCGUGGGUGUCGGUGGGUGCUAUUACGUUAAACGACGUCACUAACAACAUGGUAGUUUCGCAAGCUUUUUCUAUUCUAAAUUAUAAGCCAGAAGGUGACAAACCCCUCAGCGUCGUGGGUUCGCUCCACGACGCGGCGUCCGACUGUAUUUGCACUCUUUUGCAAAGUCUCGAGGACAACAACAACCAGCAAGCUCUCGAAAGUUACCUUUUUAACAAUGUCGUCAAUUUAGAAAUGGUCUACCAUUUAUCGGUCGCGAACGAAGAUCAAGAAAAAUCGAUAAACUAUUGCCGGAUAUUUACGGAACUCGGCGAAUCGUUUUUAGAAAAAAUUAUCAAUAGUUGCAGUGCGAAAUCGUUUCAUUACGCGAUCAAAGUGCUCGAUUUAGUUUUAAUUUGCGUGGGACACCACGAGUACGAAGUUGCCGAAAUCACUUUUAAUUUGUGGUAUGUUUUGAGUGAGGAACUGUAUCAAAAGAAUAGUAAAGAACUGACGGAGUUGUUUCGGCCGUACGUGGAGAGGUUAAUAACGGCGUUGUGCAGACACUGCCAGAUGGAACCCGACCACGAAGGGUUACUAGAAGACGGCGACGAUUUUAAAGACUUCAGGUUAAAAGUGUCGGAUUUGGUCAAAGACGUCGUUUUUAUAGUCGGAAGUAGCAGUUGUUUCAGGCAGAUGUUCAUGAAUUUGCAGGCGCCGGGAGUCACGUGGGACUCCAGCGAGGCUGCUUUGUUUAUAAUGCAAGCGGUGGCGAAGAAUGUUUUACCUACCGAGAACGAAGUCGUCCCGAAAGUAGUGGAAGCGAUCCUCAACCUCCCCGAAAACACCCACAUCGCAGUGAAGUACACCUCUGUAAUGUUGUUGGGGGAACUGUGUGAAUGGAUUGAGAAGCACCCCAACACCCUUGACCCGAUUCUCAACUUUUUAGUUUGUUGUUUGCACCAGCCGGGGGUGGGGGCGGCCGCAGCUCUCUCUCUUCAAAACAUCUGCGCGACGUGCAACGACCACAUGCCGCGGCACGUCCCCAUUUUAUUGCAACUGUUGCAACAAGUUGACACUUUCGCUAUAACCAAUAACGCAGUCAUCGGAUUGUUGAAGGGCGUGAGCGCUAUAGUGGGUUGCAUGCCGCAUUCCGAACUAACGGACGCCAUGCGCAAGUUGUGUUUGAUGCAAUUAACACCCUUAUGUCAACUCAUCGAGCAGGACGUCGUCCCCGUCAGAGGCACCAAGAGCGACCCAGUUCUCUGGCUGGAUCGACUUUCUUCUGUACUCAGGAAUGUCAACGUGAAGGUAUUCGAGGGUCAGGUCCACCCGUGCAAACCCGUCAUUCUCGAAGUGUGGCCUGUGAUUUCCCGCGCCUUCGACAAGUACCAAAGCGACCUGCGCAUCAUGGAGCGGUGUUGCCGCGGUUUGCGCUUCAUGCUUCGUUGCGUCAGCCAGCAAAUCUGCGAGAUCCUCCAGAGUCUGGUGGGUCAAAUCGUCCGAAUUUACGCGACCUAUAAGCACUCGUGCUUCCUCUACGUCGGUAGCAUCCUCGUGGACGAGUACGCUACCGACCCCAACUGCGUCCAAGGUCUCCUCGACAUGCUGCAGGCUUUCAUAGAGCCUACUUUCCAGCUGCUCCAGGAGGAGAACGGGCUGCGGAAUCAUCCCGAUACCGUGGACGACUUCUUCAGGCUGUGCGCGCGGUUCAUGCAGCGGUCGCCAGUGCCGUUCUUGCAGUGCGCGGCGCUGGUGCACAUUCUGCAGUGCAGCUUGAUGGCGUGUACUUUGGAUCAUAAAGAGGCGAAUACGUCAGUGAUGAAGUUUUUCUAUGAUCUGGUUAACACGGGCAAGUGCGGGAAGAACCAGGCGGACUUCGAGCAGAGGAAGGUGCUAGUGACGAGUAUACUGAACGAAUACGGGCAGCAGUUAGUGACGAAUUUACUGCAUGCGUGCGUGUUUUAUUUACAUUCUUACAUGCUGAGUGAAGUGGCGGACGUUUUCGUGGAGAUGUUGGAGUUUGACAGGGAGAUGACAGGGAAAUGGCUAGCGACAGGGUUGGAUACACUGCCGAAGGAAAAUAACGGGGGGAUCAUGUCGGCGACACCUCAGCAGUUGAAUGACAUACACGCGUCGAUGACGAGGUCGGAUACGUCGAAGUCGGUUACGUAUGCUUUAAAAGAUUUAGCCAGAUUUUAUCGUUAAUUCUGUAAUUAUAGCCUUAUUUUGAAAUAUAAGUGUGUAAUUUU